AUCCUAUUCUCUUUUUAAUCCGGACAGGAUUACAAUGAAGCUACUGUAGUCGGUAGAGGCGCUAAAACGACGUUGUUUAGGACUUCUUCUUGAGUGGUUUUGGCCUUUGGGGAUGGAGCGGUUCUGGAGAUGGAUUUGCUUGCUUUUGAUGUUUUCAUGGGCUCUGCAGACAGAGACUCUUCCUGGUUCGGAGAUUGAGUCGCUAACACGGGAACUGUUAGAAUCGGCUAGGGAUCCGGCGUUCUUUGAGUGGUUGAAGAGGGUUCGACGGAGAAUCCAUGAGUACCCGGAACUAGCUUUCGAGGAGAACAAGACGAGCGAACUCAUCAGAUCGGAGCUUGACUUGGCUGGAAUCAGGUAUAGAUGGCCAGUUUCCAAGACGGGUGUGGUGGCUUCAAUUGGAUCUGGGUCUCACCCAUGGUUCUCUCUCAGGGCGGAUAUGGAUGCCCUCCCUAUUCAGGAACUGGUAGAGUGGGAGCACAAGAGCAAGAAUAAUGGGAAAAUGCAUGCCUGCGGCCAUGAUGCUCAUGUGACAAUGCUGCUUGGAGCAGCGAAGCUACUGCACGACAGAAGGGAUAUAUUAAAGGGUACUGUUAAGCUUGUCUUCCAACCCGGAGAAGAGGGUCGUGCUGGUGCUUACCAUAUGCUAAAAGAGGGUGCUCUUGAUAAGGUUAGGGCUAUAUUUGGAUUACAUGUUUCUCCAGAAAUGCCCAUUGGCACCAUUGGUUCGAGACCAGGUCCAAUGCUUGCUGGCUCUGGUAGGUUUUUAGCCACAAUUCAAGGGAAAGGAGGACAUGCUGCAACUCCCCAUGCAACUAAAGAUCCCAUUCUUGCUGCUUCCUUUGCCAUCCUCGCACUCCAACAGAUUGUUUCAAGGGAGACUGAUCCUCUUGAGGCAACGUUGGUUACUGUCGGGUUCAUAGAAGGUGGCAGCGCAGGUAAUGUAAUCCCGGAGACUCUGAAAUUUGGAGGUACUUUUCGGAGCAUGACUUCAGAAGGUAUCGACUACCUUCAGCAAAGGAUAAAAGAGGUGAUAGAGACACAAGCAGGAGUGCAUAGGUGCACUGCUACGGUCGACUUCAUGGAGAAGACACGGAGGCCUUAUCCUGCUACUGUCAAUGAUAAAGCCAUGUACGAACAUACAAAGAGAAUUGGAGAAAUCUUGCUUGGACAACCCAAUGUGCACCUUAUUCCGAUGAGUAUGGGAGCAGAGGACUUUAGCUUCUAUUCUCAGAAGAUGGCGGCAGCAUUUUUCGCGAUCGGGACAAAGAACGAAACGCUAUCAGGUAAAAGGUUGCACUCACCGUACCUCGUCAUUGAUGAGGAGGUUCUUCCCAUCGGGGCAGCUCUCCAUGCUGCAGUUGCAAUCUCAUACCUGGAUGCCCAAGUUGCUGAGAUUCGAUAAAACCGGGGUGGGAGAUGGCUUCUGAUCAAUUUGAGCAUCAUUAGGUAUGGUGAAGGGAGCUGGGUAGUGUUCCAGGUCUGUAAUUAGUUCCAUCUAUGUACUGAAAUGUCAUAAGGAAAAAAUUAUUUUCAUUUGCA